AUGUUAACCCCCUUUUUCAAACUAGACCAAACAGAGGAAUAUGUUAUAAUAGAUAUACGGGCUCCAAAUGCUAAUUUACGAGACGCUGAGAUUGAUUUUUGUGACAAAAUCUUUCUGUUCUCCGCCGCGCCAUACUUUCUGAGACUGUAUCUACCUGGGUAUGUAGGAUUAUUUGAAAAGUCAUCUAGUGAUUAUGAUGCUGAUACUGGUAAGGUUAUCUUUAUUUUUUGUUUUUAAUUUAGGUUUUUUAGUUAGUUUUAAAAUAAGCCAUAUGAAAGUUUGAUUUUUAUUAGCAGUGGUGUUUGUAAAUUGGUAACAGUCAACUAUACUACUAACUAACUAAUGUUAUAUACACUUUGCAGUAAUUCUUUAAAAAAAUGCUUAUUUAGGUACGUUUAAGAUAAAAGUGCCAAAACAAAACAAAGGUGAACAUUUUAAAGACCUGGAGAUGUUAAGCCAACUUCUGAAGCCUCAAAGGCCAACAGGUCAAAGCAAUGUAGAAGAGUUGGAAGAUGAAGUUGGUACGUUCAAAACUUCACUUUCAAAGAUUAGGUUGUUCAAAUAGUUAUGAGCCUCCUCAUAGAGAAAAUUUUUGGGGUACACGGAUAUUUGCACAACCUAAUAUAAACUUAUAGAAAUUCGUUGCCUUAUUGAAGGGAAGUAAUUGCAUUAUAUAUUUUAGAAGGAGUACUAACUGAUCAAAAAGUACCGGAAACAGAAGUUGCUCCAAAUUCAGAAGAAAUUAAAAAGUUUGGCUACGGAUUUGGCUGGUCAAAGUUGGGAAUAAUGAAGAAGUUUGGAGAAGAAGUCGAAGACCUUUUUGAUAUCAGGAACCCAGAUGAAAUAGAAAUGUCAGAAAGAGACGAUGUCAUGGUAAAACACGAUGAGAAGGCUUUUAAUUCAGAACAUUACUUAGCUGACUUGUUUGAUGUACCUGAUGAACUUGAGAGCAUUUUAAAGGUAGGUCAAGUUGUUUCUGAUGUUUUAUGGGUUUAGGAUGACAUGUUUUACUUAUUGUUAUUUAUUAUAAAAAGCUUAUAUAAUACUAUUUAUUUGUACUUAUCACUAUAUGUAUUACAAAGUAUAAAAACCUUUUUCAGGAGCUCCUACCUACAUCAAUAUACACGUUCAACGAUGAAGACCGAUUAAUCUUGAAAGACUUAAAAGUCAUUAAACUAAAGUCAUUUACAAAAGAAGAGCAUGUUAGUAUACUGUACUCAUUGAUCGACAUACUGUAUUCAUACCUGAUGGAACUCAGAAUCAACAGCUUCGAAUUAAACGUACAAAGUGAUAUUAUGAUAGGCAACGUCUCUCCUUCAAUAUCAAACUUUGUCAAAUUUACAUCGAUGAAACAAGCGCUCACUGCUACAGUAAGAAGAGUGUUAUGUUUGAGUUUGUACAGGAAUUUCGAGCUAUGUCGCAGGGUUUUGGAGGACUUGGUCACUGUGGUCAAACAAGGUACGUUUACUGGUUUUAGGUAUCAAAGUUAUGUCUCUUUCAUAUGAAAUUUAUUGUAAAAUUAUUCUUCACCGGUUCUCUAAAGUCUUUUUAUUAGGUAUUUCAUUGAUUAUUUUCAGGCAAAUCAGCGCUAUUACACUGCCUUCUAACCUUGAGAAAGAGGUUUUACAAUUCAUCUCAAGAAUUUAUCUACUUGUUCAACCAAUUAUUCAUUGAUGAUUACUGUAUUUAUAUUCAAGUAGUUGAUGAUAAGCUAUUCGAUGAUGCCAUGGAUGAACUCUUGAACAUAAAGACGUUACAAAAGGCAGAUAUAGAUGAGUUGGACUUGGAUUACAUUGAAACUGAAGCCAAAAUGAUAAUGUUGAAGGUCGAGAAUGGAGAAUAUGACUCUGAUGACAAUUAA